CCUGAGCACCCCCUGCCCUGGUAACGCCCAGUUACUGGCGGAAGUCUGGCACUGAAGCACCCGGAAGUGCUCGCUCCCGUCUAGCGUCUAGCGGAAGGGGAAGUUCGUGUUGCCAGGGCCAGCGCUGACGCUGGCGGAAGUGUCUGGGCUGGGGGUAAUGGCGGCGGCGGGUGGUGUGAGUGCUGUCGGCUUACCGGCGCAGGACGAGCUGGUCCGCUCGGUUACUCUGUACCGCCGCCGGCCCCACAUCCUGCGCGGCACGGUGCUGCCAUUCGCCGUCCUCUACCCGGCCUGGCUGUACGCAUGGGUGUCCGUGUACGGGGUGUCCGAGUACCCGGAGGCCGGGCUCCUGGCCCUGGCGGCGCUCGGGGUCGUGCACGCGCUCACCGUGCUCUCCGGCCUGUGGUCCGUGCACGCGCACUGCGCCCUCGCGUGCACCAAGGUGAGUGGAAUAAGCCUCCCCAGCUGUCAGUGCCACCCGGUCUGACGUCACACGCCAUCGCCAGGGCUCUGGAAACUGUGUGUGAGGGUUCCAUCCCGAGAGAGUGUGUGUGCGGGGGUUCCAUCCCGUGGGAGAACGUGUGCUGGGGUAUCAUCCCGUGGGAGAGUCAGCUGAUGUCAACGACAGGUCUAAAGGGUUUGAUAGGUCAACGACAGGUCUAAAGGGUUUGAUAGGUCAACGACAGGUCUAAAGGGUUUGAUAGGUCAACGACAGGUCUAAAGGGUUUGAUAGGUCAACGACAGGUCUAAAGGGUUUGACAGGUCAGCAUGGUGAGGGCUAGACUGAAGCAUUACGGUAAAGGCAGUGUAUGACAUGUGGUGUGCUGUAAGAUGCUGUUAAACAAAAAAAAAAAAAAAAAAGGCUAUUCAUAGCUAUGUGACUGCUAACAAUGUUCAUUAUCACCUAGUAAUGCUGGUACAUUUAUAGAGAGAUGAAUGGUGUUGUCAUUCAACCCUUGAAGUUUGUAACAUAUGGCAUCCCAGGAAAGUUGUUGUGGUCUCUGGUCAGAUGUCAAUGAUUUAAAGAUUAUGGGGAGAGGGAAAAGUUCAGUCUUAUUACAGCACUCAAACCAACUUAAUUAUUGAUUGUAAAUUUAUUUUAAAUAUUUUUUUUUUUUGUAUUUCCUGUUAGUGGGAUAAAAAAAAAAGUAAUUUUAUGCACAGGAAAUGCUGAUCAGUGUCUUAGGAAAUAUGUACGGUAUUUUGUUUAGCUGACCUUGAGAUGAUAUUGGUCUAGAGUGAUAUUUUUUCAUGGCAGACAUUUGGAAUUCCCAGCCACUGCACCUGUCCUAGUUCAGUGAUGGUUGAACUUUGUGAGACAUUUUAUUCCCAGCUUAGUAGGAAACAAAUAUUGCCUAUCUCUGUACUUGUUUACUUUUCUUCAUAAAGUAGUGACAAUUGCAUGCAAAAAUAAAUCAGAGAAUGGAAAGCUAAAAAAAUGAACGCCGACAAUAUGUUAAUAAUGAAUGUAUUAAAAUUAAUUAUGUUGAAUCAAAUACUACUUUUUUUUUUCCUCAGCACCCAAACACAAAAACAGCCGCCUUAGCCAAAGUUGUACCCACUCCAAACAAUGGUUCUGCUGAGUUAGUGCCACUGCUUCGAGAGAAGGUGAGGGUACUUUUUUAUUUUAAUUUUUUUAAAUAAAUUUUUAGUAGAUGCUCGUUAAUUUGAUCUGUGUUCUAUGUAAAAUAGAUUUGUAAUUGUGAAUUGUAUUUCUGUCAAUCCCACUAAGUUGACUAGUGGUAGUAUGAUUUUCCCAUGUGCUGCCAAAUCAGGGAGAGCGAGCACUAACUGUCUUUGCUACCUUACAUCUGCCUUUCGCUGUACUUUGUUCUGACAUGGCAGCUAUUCUGGUAGGUAAACACCUGCACAGGUCACGCAGGGAAUUUCUGGAGGUAUAAAAUAAGUUACAAUAUUUCCUACAGCCUCUCACACCCUAAGUGGAUCACCAGGCAUAUACACAAGUCUGUUAGUUAUUUAUGCAGUUGUUUUAUUUAUGAUUAUAAAUAUUUUUGUUUUUUCUCCAAACCAUUUCUUCUUCUUCUCCUCUCAACCAGUAGUGUUUUUCCUUUUUUUCCCCAAAUUUAAUCUGAAUGGAAAAACUGAGGUAACAUUAGCCAAUCUGGAAAAAUUCUCCAACACAAACGUGGUCACAAUUUCACUGUUUUGCUUAAAUUCGUCAUGUUGAUUGAAUUUGAGUUAAGGGACUAGCAAAAACAACUAAGAAGCAAACAAUUACCAGUAUUAACAAGAAACAAGUGGUUACCAGGGACUCUGCUCAAACAAGUUUGCAAUCUAGCAGAGAUAAGAUUAAAAAUAAAAUACAAGAAACAUGGAGAUCAAGGGGUGAUUGUGUGGGAAAGCAGAAGAUUUGGAAUGUACGGCCUCAAUCUAAUAAGAAUUCUAAAUUAUUAUUAUUAUUAUUAUUGUAUUAUAUAGCACUAGCAAAAUUCCGUAGCGCUGUACAAUGGGUGGACUAACAGACACUUAACUGUAACCAGACAAAUGGACGCACAGGAACAGAGGGGUUGAGGGCACUACUCCAAUGAGCUUACAUUAAAUUAUUCAAUACUGUUAGGAAAACUGCCUUUGAGAAAUGCUGUAGAUGAGAAUUAGCACUAUGAGUGCAAACAGAGAAUUGGAAAUGGCCACUGGCAAAGCAGAGAGAUCGAGAAAGCGAGUAUAAACGCUAAAGGACACACGCAAAGGAAAAAGAAACAAUGUGUUUAUAUGCUUGCCAUCAAUUUCAUAACGUGAGUGGUUAAGCUAAGUUUUAGAAAGAUUGAGUGAGCGAUCACUAAAGAUACUUGUUUCACGUUCCUCCAAUGUGCAGUUAAAAAAAUAAUUUUUUCUCUAUAUAUAAUGCAUUCAAAUUGUGAGUCAAAUCUUACAAAAAAUGUCUCUGUAACCUUAGUCCCCAGGCACCAACAUUGUUUUUAACCAACCCCUCACUCUCAUGUUUGAAAUUAAUGUCUACAUCCUAACCCGUAAGUUGUAAAACUGUAUUGAUUUUCGCAUCAGAAUUCCAAAAGUUGUCGUGUUUUUUUUAUUUUAAAGAAAUUGACUCUUCGUUCUUUUUUUGUUUGGCUACAUGUGGUAACUUUAGGAAGAAAACUGGUAUUUGUGCUAUCCGUGGCUGUAUUAUCUUACCUGUGACUGCUUUGGAGUGGCUGAGUCCAAAUUGUUUGUUUAACUAUAUACAGAGAAAGCAUUGUUAGAAACAUUGGUUUUUGAUAUACAUACAUAUUCUUUUAAUGCAUUGUAGUAGAGUCAGUCAUAGAAUAUGCAUCAACAAUAUGUGAGUAAUUAGAUGAUUCUUAGGUUUAUCUGUUUGAUCUUGUAAUCAUGGUAUGAUGUAGCGUUUCAAAAGAAAAGUUAAUCUACAUGAUUGCUGAUUUUUCAUCACUAUAAAAUACAGUGAAGCAUAAGGGUUUAAACUUAAAUCUAAACUGUGGAUUUUAGGCAAAAAUAGCUGAUUUUGUAAAUAUUCUGUACCUUGGCUAUAGUAAAUGAACCCAGUGGAGUUCUUUAAAGCGGGUUUGUUGACAAAACUGGGGAUUGUUUAGAAUUGACAAGGAAACUGCAAGUUUAGGCCAGAAUUUUCUUGCUGGAAAUGGGUAAGAGGUAAGUAUUUCCCCUUGCCGCCCUCCUCAAUGUCUCCCCAAUAUUGCUGGUGUUGCCAACUCAGAGAAUUAACUACAUUUAUGUUAAUUUUACUCUAUGUGCUUUACAAACUUAUUGUCAUGAGUUGAAUGUCACUGCUUGCAUACCUCAUUGAUUGUGAACUUGAUCAUGGUAUACACUUUUUUUAUUUUAUCUCCUCAUGUGCUGAAAGCUGAUUUCUGGUAUGACUUACACCUAGCAUCCUAUCAUUUACAACUGGGCAGUGAAAAGCAAUCUAUUUUCUUUUUUGGUGGUAAUGGUUGGGUUAAUGCAUUAUAUAGCCUGGUGAGAUAUGAUUGGAACUGUGAAUAGAUAUGGAAAUUACCCUAAAUUAAAAUGAGUUAAACAUGCCGAUCUUUGUGAUUUUAGAAGACACUCUCCAAAGUUUCAGUUGUAAUUUCCAUGGGAAAGGUUUUUAAUUUUUUUAAUCUUUCAGCAAGAAGAUGGUCCGGAGAUCCUGUUCUUUGAAUUCCAGAAGAUAAAGUAUUCGUACGACGCAGAGGAAAAAAAGGCAUUCCUUCCCGUUGUAUUUCCAGUAGAGCGACCCCUUUCUUAUUACCAGAGUGCCAAGGGAUAUCUAGAGGAGGCAGAUAUUAAAGCUGCUGAGAAAAAAUAUGGAACAAAUAAGUAAGUGCAUCUUAACGCCAGUAAAUGUCAUGUUUUAUACUAAGAAGUCAAACCGGUAUUGGAAUAAGUCAACAGUGCCAAAAGGUAUCACAUGCAAGACUGAAGAUCAGUUUCUUUGCAUUUAUUAAGAGGGGGAUGGGAUUGUUUUGAUUUGGAUGCUGAUGUAGCCAGUCUAUGUAUUUAGUGGGCAGCACAGCAUAUGAUUCCUUUCAACACAUGCUGCCCAUGGCUGGGUGACUUACACAACCAGUAUCAACGCUCCUUCUGCUCAGCCCUUAGGGCAGUUUAAAGUGACUCUGUCAAUAAAGAUAAAAUCUUUAUGAAAUGCGCAUAAAGGCUGUGUUGUAGUUUAAUUGAAGUUCUAAUACAGUCAAGUGGCUUUGUUUUAUUUAUUUUUCCUCUGUUAAAAUUUGACAAAAGACUGAGCUAUUUGCUGUGACGGACCGCUUGUCACACCAACUGGGUAUCUUCGUCAAGCUCGCUUCCUAGCUCUCCUCUGGGACACAGGUAGUGCUUCAGCCCCUAAACGCUGAAGCUUGGCUGUGGUCUCUCCGUUGCUUCCUGCCCUGGAAUAGGGUCCUGGGAACGACUUCAAGUCAUUAAGCUCUCUUGCAGAGAGUAUAGCUGAUCCACCCAAACACUAGUCCAGACUGAGUGCAGGGUGAAAAAGAACUUGUUUAUUAUGGCCAAGUUGCCUGCUCUUAUACACAGCCCGCAGCAUGGGGUGUCCAUUAAAUACAAGACAAGCCCCUCUCAUAAAUCUCUCUGCUUGUGAGAUAAUUGCGUUAAAGACCGGUAAGCUAAUUAUCUCCCAGGAACAGAGAGGCAAACACAAAAAUAUAAAACAAAAAAAUACCCCAAAACAUCAUAAAAGUAUAUAACCCCACAAAUACAUCCCCAAAUAGCCCUGAUCUGAGCACCCAAGUUCUCCAAAUGGUGCUCAGAUCCACGCAGUGUAGAGAAAAUGCCACUGUGUUUAAGUUCUGAUCGCUGCACACAUGGUCCUAUGCCCCAGAUAGUUCCAGGGCGUUUGGUGCUUUAGCCGGUUAACUUUCGGGAGCUCCUGUGGCCGCAAUACGAGGUGCUUCGCCUGGCUUCUAGGUAGCGCUUGUGCCCCUUAGACUCAGGCACUUUCCCUCCAAAAAGCGUUUGUUCAAACCAUGUUGUCCAGGAACCGCACGGUCACUUCAUGCCGAAAACAGUUCCAUAACAUUCGCGGCUAAGUACCGCUGAGGACAAUUUGUGGGUUUCUGCAUGUGAACGGCCGUCGGAGAUUUAGUGCUCGGUUCUAUUCGAAUGAAGGGAAAGUGCCGAACCAAGAGCACUCAGGAAAAGCUACUAAUAGCGGCUGGGCAGGGUUAACUCCCAAACAAGGUCUUGGUAUAUGUCCCAUAGUCCUUGGGCAGGAGGCUAGCUAGCAGCCCCCUCAAGGAGCUCCUGGCAUAGGCAUGUUUGCCACACUUGUGUUGUGUUGUCACUUACACCACCCUUCGUUAGCGAUGGCUGUGAGGAUAAAGGCAUUGUCUCAUUAAUUGUGAGACAAUAUCUUUGGAGGUUGCAUGACCCUCUAUAGACAUCACUGUUGUACUCUUGCGUAUGUUAGAGCACAGCACUGAUAUGGGCUUCUGAUGGAUGAAGCGCCAGGAGCUGAAGAAAGGAGAUCUGUGCCCAUGGGGGACGGCAUCAGGGAAGUAUAUCUCUCCUCCCCUGCACUCGUGGGCACACAAAGUGCCAAUGUCACUGAAAUGUGCAAAGACCUCAGAAGGUAUUUAUUUUCCUCUCUGGUAUCCUGACAAAGAAAAUAUAUCAGUUAUGCUUCUGGAUCUCUGUCUUUCUAAGGUGCAGAGUUUAGAGGAAGCAAACCAUAUGUGAGUGGUUCAUAUAAUAGUGUGUGUGUGUGCGUAUUUAUAUGACAUAAAUUAGAGACACUCCACUAAUAUAUGUUUUGCUUCCUCUAAACUCUGCACCUUACAGCAAAGGAUUCUGGGUGGACAUAUGCAAAUUAAUUUAACAAAGAAUCCAAUUUUUACUCCAUUCUGCCCUAAAAUUCAAAAUGUACCUUAAAUCGCAGACAAUUCAUAGUACACUUUAGUAUAUAACCCUGAGAGGUGUUAACUGAAGUGAGAGUAUUUGGGCAUUCUAAGUGAAUUUUAAAUUUAAGGCUAAGAACCUGAACUGAAAGUGUAACUGACUUAGAGAAUUUUUUUCGUUUUGGCCUUAAGCUUAAAAUUCAUUUCAGAUUCCUUAGAAUUCUCCAAUUCUGGCCAAUGUAGGUACCUUUAGGCUAGAAAGUAAACACUGCCUUUUCUCCAAAGCCUGCAGGGACUGACUACACUGACCAGAACAAAUAUAAUAAGCUGUCAGCAUGCUGUAUUUUGAUGCAUUAGACAAAUAGUAGUUGCAUAUAAAUAAUCUCCUUUUAUUUGUUUAUUUUAAAAGGCAAUAUUGUAUACAUCUAACAAGAUCUGCUGCAAGACUGCACUCUACUGAAAGAAUAGAAUCAUUCAAUGUUCCUUUUGGUUUACUGUGGUUUUGUUCCCAGUUUACAUAAACUUUACUCUCUUCUCAGGGCGGAAAUGGUGGUACCUGAUUUCUUACAUCUGUUUAAGGAGAGAGCCAUUGCACCAUUCUUUGUUUUCCAGGUAAAACUAUUUCAAAAUCAUUCUGUUUUUACAUGGUUGUUUCAGUUAGUUUCUAAAGCAUGGCACGCAUUUUGUAAUGAAAAGAUUGUGCUAUACAUCAGGAAAGCUAAUUUUAUUUCUCAUUUUUAUGGUUUCUUUUUGAGCCAAGCUUUGCACUCUAAAGAUGUUUAUGCUCAGUCUAUAUUCACAAUUAAAAUCAGUAUUAACACUCCCGUGCCUCAUACGCAGUGCCAUGCUAGCACUCAUUGAAAUUGUAAAAAAAACAACAACAAAAACUGUGAAUCGUAAUGUCCUUGAGCAAAUAUAUCUCAAAUAGGAACAUCAUGUACUCACCUUGUAAUUGUGGGGAACCUAUUUGAUCAUAUGUUUAUCAGAAGUAUGGAGAUUGUUUUUGGAAAAGCCAGUUCUGUAAGUGAGAAUGGAAAGAAGAUGUUGGCUAAAUAGUUGACAUCAAAAGAGUGCUAGUUAAACUGUAGGUUCAUUUUCAUGCUGCUUUUGAAGAUGUGGAUUCAAAUGAAGCUUUUUAGGAAUUAAGAGUGAGGAGAAUAGCUGAAGGUUUCUUGUAAGUUAAAGGGUUACUCCAACCACCACGACCACAUCAAUGAUUUGAAGUGGUCAUGGUGGUUUAAGCUAAACGACUGCGCAUACUGGCUCAUAACACUCUGUUCCGAGCUGGCAAUGUCAGUUAUGUGCAUAAAAUACAUUUUAUUGCGCACUGCAUGCUGAGAACAAAAAUAUUGAAAAUAUUGCCCUAACGAGUAGAAAUUAAAUGCUGGUGUUUAUGCUUUGGCUUGCAGUGGUGAGUAACUCUUAAAGCCUGACUAGAACCAUAGGAAUCCAAAUUUUAAGCCCUUAUUUGAGCAUUACUUACCUAGUUUGUAUUUGAAUCCAUUGAAUGUGUUAAAUUUCACCAUAGAUUGUUAUAGAUGCAUUUAUGGAUACAGUUAAACUUUAUACAGGAUUUUUAUUUUUUAUUUUAAUGUUUUAUGAGAAAGUAGGAGCCUCAUAACCCGUACUGCAAGACUAAAUGUGUCACUUUGCUUUUACAUAACCUGUCACUUGGUCAGAGGUGACAAAGUACACCUAUUUAAAAAGAUAUUCACAACUAACAAAACAUCUCAUUCUAUAGACCUUUCUGUACGGUCUUUUAAGGCAUGAGAAUCAUACACCAGACCAUGUCCAGCUUUGGCUCUUUUGCUAUUGAUGGACUGCUGCCAAGGUUUGGACAUCCCUGUUUUCCUAUUUUUAUUUCCAUUGAGUCUGAAAUUUCUAAUAUUUAUGUGGAAAAGCCACCAAAACAUAAUUUUAGUCAUUUCUGCACUUACACUAAACUUGUGUUGCAAUGUAUUUUUCAUUUUACUAUAUUGACUAGUUUGAGUUGUGCCCCUUCAUGAUAGCAUCUAGGCAAGUAAUGUAUGUACUCUUGAUGUGUUGCUGGUUCUGAAUGAAUUGGUAGAUUUAGAAAAUCGUAAUAAAUUUAUGCUUUUGGCUUUAACUUUAUCUGUACUGUAGAUCAAUAUGGGAGAACCCCCCCCCCCCCAAAAAAAAAACCUGCAUUUAACACUCCACCUCUCCUUUAGGUGUUUUGUGUGGGGCUAUGGUGCUUGGAUGAGUACUGGUAUUACAGUGUAUUCACCUUGUUCAUGCUGGUAGCAUUUGAAGCCUCUUUAGUCCAGCAGCAGAUGAGGAACCUGUCUGAGAUCAGAAAGAUGGGGAACAAGCCGUACAUGAUCCAGGUGAGAAGGACAUGUUUGCUGAAUAUAAACAGACAAAGAUGAAGCAGGCCUGUCGUGUUUCAAACCAUUUAAUUUUGUAUAAACUACACUGCAUGGUUCUACACCUUCACAAAUCAAUAGUCUAUGCAACGCGCUAUAGUAGAGUUAGUAUUUAUGGUGUUUGUCUGCUAAAAUUGCACUUUUCUCUAAGUGACUUCUGAGCUGUUAUAUGCAAGGGAUGAAUUCAGUUCUAUGUAUUUUGAAGCCAACUGGAAUUCUGCUAUACUUAUUUAUUGUUAAGCCAACCGGAAGGCAGUGCACUUUUAUUUGCAGAAAUUAAUAUACAGUUUCUUAGGUUUACAGGAAUCGAAAGUGGAGGCCCAUCUCGAGUGAUGACAUAAUCCCAGGAGAUAUCGUAUCCAUAGGUAACAUUUUACUUUUACAUGACUGAAAUCUCUUGGCAGGGGUUGGUAAGAACUGUGAUGAAUCAGUAACUAGUGCAUUUUUACACACUUUCUUUAUAGACAAAUGACAAGGUACAAAUAUGUAGUUGAGCUGUGAUUAUUCUAUUGUCCUUUAGUCAAUGAUAUAAUCAUUUGGAUGGUUUAUUAAACAAUGCUAUUUUAAUGUACUGUGUUGAUUUCAGGACGAUCCGUUCAUGAGAAUCUGGUUCCAUGUGACGUUCUCCUGCUUCGUGGUCGCUGUAUAGUGGAUGAAGCUAUGCUUACCGGAGAGUCAGUGCCACAGAUGAAGGUGAAAUGCUUCAAUGAUUCUAUAAAACAAAACUUAAAUUACUAGAUCUGUGCUACUGGGUAAAAACAAACAACGAAACCUAUAAUAGUUUGACUAGCAAUGAAAUAGUCCAUAAAAAUACCUCAAAGAUACAACGGUGGAUCAAUGUUAAUUUUGACAGCAAAUUUCAAAUUCGUUUUAGUCAUAGUCUUUUGACUAUAAAGCCCUUUUAGUUUGUCGUAUUUCAGUCAUCUUGAUUAUUUUAGUUUGUCUACUAAAUCUUCAGUAGAUUUUAGUCAACACGCUUAAAAUUGAAUAUGUUUAGUUAAAGCUUCUGUCUCUUUUGCCCCUUCCCCAGCCCCUCUGGGUGUCUCUCUCCCAGGGCCCGAUUUGUCUCUUUUUGCCCCUUCCCUUGUCUCUUUUACCACUUCCUCAGCCCUUUGUUGCUCUCUUCCCCAGCCCCCCUGUGUUUCUUUCUCUCCACAGCAACAUUUGUGUGCAUCUUCUCUCCAGCACAUUGUCUCCUUCUCCCCCAGCCCCUCUAUGUCGCUUUGUGUCCCCCACAGCCCCUCCAUGCAUCUCAUCUCCCCAUGUGCUCAUUUUCCUUCCCAGUCACCCAUGUGGCUCAUUUCCUCUCCUCUCCAAAGUGUAUUACUCGCCAAUGUUAAUUUUGACCGCAAAUUUCGAUUUAGUUAGUCUUUUGACUAAAAGCCAUUUUAGUUUUAGUUGUAUUUUAGUCAUAUGAAUUGUUUGUCAACAAAAUCUCCAAAAUUUUAGUUGACCAAGUCUGACGUAAAUUGUUAGUCGACAGAAUUAACAUUGCAUUUAGAUACUUGUAUAAGAAAUAUUUGGAAGUCCACAAAGACAAAAAUGAGAAACCUUAUCAAUGUUUUGUCUUUGUGUAUGUUUGCUUGAAAUGUAAAAAUAAAAUAAAAUGUAUAAGUAUUCUGGAAUUGUUUUGUACAGUUAAAGAGCUAACAAUUUUAUUGAACUUUGUGCAGGAGCCUGUUGAGGAUUUGGACCCAGAACAUGUGUUGGAUAUAAAUUUAGAUUCCAAGCUGCAUGUCAUCUUUGGUGGUACUAAGGUGGUACAGCACACUCCCCCUCAGAAGGCAACAAGUGGCCUUAAACGUAUGUAUAUGUUCAGGUGAAUUAUGGAGCUUAACUGGUGUAAUAGACUAUGAAUAAAGAAUUCUUUGCUCUUCUUUCUCCCAGCUCUUGAUAAUGGAUGUGUGGCCUAUGUCUUAAGAACUGGAUUUAAUACCUCCCAGGUGAGAAUGUCACUCUGCACUAAUACUGGGUAACACUUCACAUGACUAUAUAGCCAUACUGUUAACAGCUUAUGUUUUAUGUGGUAUAAUACUCAUGGCCAUAGAAUUAUCCAUCCUGCUUCCUACCCUAUAACCAAAUUGAUUAGUGAUUGUGGAACACAAUGUAAAUUGCACUUAUUUGUGAGGAGACUUACCCUCUAAUAAAUGCAUCAUCAGGAACCUUGGAGUGUUACCUGUGUCUUUCACUAUUCACAAUGUAAAUGUAAACUUUUUAUUUUAUUUUCUUAAAUAGGGUAAACUUCUCCGUACAAUUCUCUUUGGGGUGAAGCGAGUGACUGCCAAUAAUUUGGAAACUUUCAUCUUCAUUUUGUUUCUCUUGGUGUUUGCCAUUGCCGCUGCUGCAUAUGUGUGGAUUGAAGGUAAUUUUGCAGUGUUUUAAAUGUAUUUUCUCUCGAGCUACUGAGCCAGAUACUGUCCAUUUAAUUGCAUUGCCUAAGCACCAUAAAAAUUGCUAUAGUGGGUGUAGUGCCAGAAAUCUUCUGGUGCUAUCCCCUGGGUAAAAGUCAAUCCAUUUGACAAACAUUUUGACACGUACCUGGUUCUCCUAAACGCUUCAGUUCCGACCUCUUAUUCUGAUGUCAUUAAUGCAACAUGCUACUUCUGCCUUAAUGACAUUAAUACCACCCGUAUAAUUGAUUGACCCAGAAUGUAAGCGCCCAUCUCUGCCAAUAAAUUCUAUCCAUGUAGAGACCCAUUGAGAAAGAUUUUCAGCUUUAGAUAUACCCAAGAAGAGGUGUUGAACUUAUGCUGCUCUGGGGAGGUAAGGGCCAACUCACUCCAAAAGAGUUUUAUACUUACCCAGAGGAUGGCACCAGAUGACUCUUUGAGAAUUAUGACUUGAAGGGUCAGUUUAGGAACCACAACCAUCAGACUAGUUUUAUUUCACAUAUUAAAACAAAGUGUAGCGAUUAUUGUUUUUGGUUUUUCUUUUGUUUUAAUGACCUUAAGCAUGCUCAAUGAGAUACAAUGUUUUAUUAUUCAGUAACAUAUAGCUCAUAAUUAUGAUACAAGUAAUUAACAUGUUUUUCAACACCUUCUAGUUGUUGUUGUUUGUUUUUUUUCUAUUGUGUUUAAUUUCACUAAAUAGACUUUGCUUUUGUGUGCAAGGUAGUGGAAGUGUUAAAAUAAAGUUCUCAUAUGUUUCUUUAGUAGAAACAUCAGAUGUAGGACUGAACAUACUUAAAGGGUCACUCCAAUUAUUAUACCGUUUGUGUUUUUCUGAAGGCAGAUCUAAAACAUCUGGCUUCUGCAGACCAGCAGAGGCUAGAUGCCAAUCCUGCCACUCACUGAUUCCAGUACUCCAGGUAGCUAGACACCCCAAUAAUACUGCCUAAGGUGGAGUUACACCUCCAGCAGCAGAGUUGUUUAUCAUCGUAUGAGUAGCCUUUAAAAGGGAACUGCUGCACAUACAGAUUGCAGGCAUCAUGACUGCUUCAAAUUACUUAAGUGGUCAUGGUUCUUCGAGUAACUAUUUAAAACAUAAUGGGAAUCUUCCAGUGAUCCCACACAGACUGGGGUAGCUAAACGCCCAUCACUAUAGCAAAAAUAUUAGAUGUCUGAACACACAUGUAAUCCAAAGCAGGCUUUUCUUGGAAUAGAGCCGCAACAAUUGGCCCCAUUAGAGCUUGAGGGAGGUUCUAAUGUAGAGCUGAAACAUUUCUGCUCCGUUUCAAUAAAAGUCUGCUCUGGUGGAUCAGUGUAUGCCCAGACAUCUGUUUUAUUUCAUUCAAUUUUUUCUUUAGGCUCCCUCACAUGUGAUGGUAGUAAUCCAUGGGGGUGACCUAGAAGUCUUAAAGUUUCACCCUAUGCACUACAACAGCCUAUGUUUAUUGGCAUUAUCGUGGUGCAUGAGUCACUGUUUCACUGCACAAGUAGCUUAUAAGUGCAGCAUUUUGUAAAAAAAAUGCUUUUACUAUUGGACUGCUAAUGCAUUUCUUAUAACUUAAGCAGCAUUUUAGUUUCCUAGAGAAAUCAUUUUCAGCCUCCUGCUGUUUGACUGAGUAUUAUGAGUUGGACGAUUGCUUCUACCAGUCUUACAGCCUAAUAAUUUUUAUAUUCAGUUGUUUGUAAGCAUCUAGUGGCUGCAUAAUAUACACUGAUACUAGACUGUGGAAGUACUUAUAUAUAUUCAUUUGGCUUUAGCUCCCUUUCAUCAGUCUGUAGGCCCACCUAGUGACCACUGCUUGAAUUGUUUGAUUGCAGGUACCAAAGAUCUAAGCCGGAACCGUUACAAGCUAUUCUUGGAAUGCACACUAAUCUUGACCUCUGUUGUCCCACCUGAACUUCCAAUUGAACUUUCAUUGGCUGUAAACACAUCCCUGAUUGCGUUGGCAAAACUCUGUAAGUAAAAUUGUUGGAUUUAUUUGUUUAAAUAUUUUUUCUGACCGCAUUACAUAAGCAGACAGGUGCCGUAUGAGAUUUUCACAACAGUAAAAAAAACAAAAAAAGACAAUUCUUUUUACAUUUACAGUGUAAGUGUUUUUUUUUUUUUUCUGAUUUUAUUACAUUAUGGAGACAUUCAUAUCGGUUUCUGCAAACCUAGUUAGGACUCUUGAUUAUCCCCUUGGGUCAGUUUUUGUUGGUCAUUGGAGCAGUGCUGUGACUGGACAUGCUCACAGCACCAGAAUCUGCAUAUAAAAGUGCACAACCUGUAUGCUUUCAUAGCACAACUCACACAGCCGAAAAAAAGACUGACUUGAGCAGCAGUUGAGUAGGCUGUGUGUGCUCACGUAGUUGAAAUACUUGAAUAGCUCAAUGGGAAAGCUAGGAAACUAGACCUCAUUUAUAUUCUAUUAGUGGGACAUGCUGUGGAGCCCAGUUACUGUAAGAUUAAUACUUUAAAAAAAAAAAAAAAAAAGAGAGAUGAUCUCCAAGAUUCAGUGUGGAAUACUAUUUAGCAGAAUGUGUGAUAGUUUUCAGUUCAAAAACAAAAUCAAGUAAACUUGCAGUUUAUGGUUCAUUUUCUAAUGGCUCUGAUAUGACCUUUGUGCUUUAUACUUUUUCAAGUAACAAACUUUCAUUCUAUUUCAGAUGUUUACUGCACUGAGCCAUUCCGUAUUCCUUUUGCUGGAAAGGUAGAGAUCUGUUGCUUUGAUAAGACUGGCACCUUAACCAGUGACAGCCUGGUGGUACGUGGUGUAGCUGGGCUUAAGUAAGUAUCUUCUCGGAUAAGAACAUUAUUGGAGCUCUCUGGUGGCAGAAUAAAUGUACAAUUAUGUAUAUUUUUGUUUUAUUGGUUAUUCACCAUUGUGUGCUCUGUCAAGAAUUUAAUUUUAUAUUCCACUAUUAUAGCUGAACAUAACUUUUUCCAGUAUUGGCUAUUUAGGUGUAAAAUUUUAAAUUCACGUUAUCGUCUUGAAUUUUCAACAAUUUACAUUUUUAAAUCUGUUGGUCCCCAUUUUCAGAUUGAUAGCAUAUGCAUGUGUUAAAUGUCAUAUAUUUAUUUCAUCUUUAGCCUGUAGAUCUCCUAAUGCCAUCUGCAUAAAAGUAUAAACUAAAGUACAAAUUUUGUGUUUUGGGGCAAGUGUACCACUUCAGUUCUUCUUUUCUGUGCAACUCAGAAAUACCAUAUGCAGCAUUUGAGGGAGUGUCGUGUGAGCUUGCCUCCUUUGUGGGAACCACCUAGCAUCUUAUAGAAGAUGGAAAUAAGCUUCUGAUAAAAAGCGAAUCUUCCAACUUUUCAAAUUUAGUUAAGGACACUGUUUAUAUAGAGGUUUGUUCAUGGGACAGAAUUUCUUGACCAGCGGACUUGUGCACAAGUGCUUUUCAGCUGGGACAAUCAAAUCAGUGAGUCUGGGAAUUACAUGUGUUAACUUAUCUUCACAGAUAAAGCCUAAAUGGAUCGAUUCCCUUGAGCAUAUAUUAAAAGGUGCAUGAUUAAUUUCUCCCAGCUGAAAAUGUGUGAAAUUUGUAUCUAGUGACCUGCCACUGUUGUUUGGGACACCAUUGAUGCAUUUUAUUAGUGCAAACUAAACUCUGAAGGUAUUUAGAACACAUUAAAUGUAUCUUGCUGCGGCUGUCUUCGCUCUGGAGCUCAGUGAAGUUCCAGAUCAGUAAUGGAGCUUUCAUGCACAUCACAUAUUGCUUUGAGCUCUAUCACCAUGGAACAUUUGCAGUUGUUUAAUUGGAAAUUGCAAAACUUUUGUUUAGAUUUUUACCUGCCCUGUUGUGAAAAUAUAACUUUAUUUUUUUUCAUUUUUUUUUUUUUUAAAUUAUUAUAAUUCCAAACAAUAUACACAUUAUUCAGUAAACUCCUACUUCUACCAAAUUGAAAUGAUGGAAAAUUAAGUGAAAAAUAGUGGAGGAAAAAUGAUCCCAAAUGCGCUUUAAUUGACUGAAUUUCAGUAGAAUAAAUUCAUGUGUCUUCUUAAGUGACGCUGAAAUGAGGAGGCAUUUAUGUAAAUAAUUGCUUGUAUUUUCACCGGCAUAGGUGCGUAAAUUACUUUUUUUUUUUUUUAGCAAAGUCUAAUUUUAUUUCAAGUUUAAUUGGCAAUAAAAACUUUUACACAAAACUGUACAGUGCAUAUCAGUAAAUCAGAUGGCAUACAAUUCCAAUUUGGCCAAGUCUAGUAGCAAAGUCCAACACGUGUGUAUGUUACUGAAUUUCAUAAUCGACCGUGUUGUGGUCAUAUUACACAGCAGAUAUUCAAUGCUGGUAUUUAAUAUUUGUAAUUAUUUAAAUAUUUGCUUGAAGCUGAAUUUAUUUACACUUUUUGUAUAAGAUAUCUCAUUCAUUCAUUUGUGCUCGGAAUUUAAUAGGUUAUGGAAUGUAUAAGAAGAUGCAUAGUUGGUUGAGGUGUGCCGAAAACCAACGAACGAGUAGGCCUAUAGUAAAAGAGGGCCCACAAGAGAUAAUGUAAUAUAUGAUGGGUGCAGGUGGGUGGGGUCAAUCAGCUUGAACGGCAGAGGUUAGUAGGAGCUGUGAGUUUAACUAGGGGCCAUAACUCCUCCCACAAAUUCAGGCCUAAUGACCUUUUAACAUAGUAAAAGGUUUUUGGUAUAAUAAAAUUGAGAUAAUUGACUAAAUGUUACCCACAUGCCAGUAAUUUUUUGUCAUGGUUCAAAAGGGGAAAACUCAACAUAAAUAGUUAAAGUAUAUUGGUUACCUUUUUAAAUGCUUUCUUUACUGUUGACAAUCUUAUUGACUGGACGUCUAUCUAUCUGUUAUUCAACUGCGUUGGUGCAUAAGAACUAAAUUAUACUUUCCCGUUUAGAGAUGGAAAAGACAUUACGCCUAUCUCGGAGAUACCGAUCGAUACCCACAGGGUGGUGGCCACAUGUCACUCUUUAGUACAGUUGGAUGAUGGUACACUGGUGGGAGAUCCUUUGGAGAAGGCAAUGCUUACUGCUGUGGACUGGGCUUUGACCAAAGGUGAGGAAGCAAAAUAUAUUCUUUUGGUAGAUUAUUCAAUGCUGGCCUUAUGUCUGUAAAGCAAAUUUAUCAUCUGUGAAAGGUGCGAUUGACAAGUAGAUGUGUGAAAUUAUUUCAUACACUGUAAAUGUGCUAUAUAAUUAUCCAAUGCUUGCUUGUACCUUAUGAGGGUGUAAUAUCAAUAGAAAUGCAUGCAUUCUCCAAACCUUUUUUUUUUUUUUCACUAUACGAAGUCUAAUGUGUAGAUACAUAAACCUCAUUGUGUAAUCCUUUACAUAACUCUUGUGGAAGCCAUAGUGGAAGCUAUAGUUGUAGUUGUUGUUCUAUGCCAACAGCACAGAGGUCCUAUCCGAAACAAAGUACAAAUUUUAUUAGAAAGACAUGCUUUAUUUGACAAUUAUUUUUUUUUUAAUCCACAAGCAAACACUUCUAAACAAAAAUACAAACCAAUAUAAAGCAAGAAAAACUUUAGUAAGUAUGUAAUAAACAUGUAGAAACAUACUAUAACACUGGCCAAAUUGCAUUAUUGGGUAGGGGAGCAUCUUCACCCUCCUCUCUCCCUUUUACCUACCCAUCUCCGUUUCAGACCAGUCUACUAAUGAGAGAAAACACACACAGGAGUCUGCUCUGCAUGAUAACACUGAUCAGAGACCAUCUAUUCUCCCCUUGUUAGGAUUUCACAAGUUGAAGAAAUCUUCCAAGUACACAUGUGUAAAAAUUGCCAGGCAUGCACUUUUCCAGUGACACUGACUGGUUGGAACAAUCAUGGGAUUCAUUAGUUCCCAGGCAAGUGCUCACAUUAAAUUUAGUUCUUAAAACAACAAUGCCUCCUCUGUGUAGUGGAGAUUGCUCUGAAACCAUAAAGAACCUAAUAAUGCUGUUUUGCUAAAUUAUUUUUUUUCCAAAUCACAAUUGAAGAAUGGUUCACUGAGCUAAUCUUAUACAUUAAUAGGUCACCAAAUGUAUUCAAUAUGUUCUUCUUAAAUUCCAGUCAAAAAAGCUUAAGAACUGCAUCACUUUUAUAACUUGCUCCAGAAUGUUCAGUGGAUAAAAUUCUAAUAUUAAAUGGAUUAUACUUUUUACUAGCAAACAAUUAAUUUAUGUGUAACUAUUUAUGUUAUCAGAUGAGAAAGUAUUCCCUCGAAGUAUUAAAACUCAGGGCCUGAAAAUCCACCAGCGUUUCCAUUUUGCCAGUUCUCUUAAGCGAAUGUCAGUACUGGCUUCCUACGAACGGCCAGGCUCCACCGAUCUGUGCUGUGUGGCUACGGUGAAAGGGGCCCCUGAAACAUUACAAACUAUGGUAGGUGACUCCAAAGAGACAGCAAUUCUAAUUUCUCUGUCAGGGAAUCAUUUUAAAGAGGAGAUACUUAUUCCUGAUAAUAGUAUUUGUUUAAAGAUAAUUCAAAAUGUUUUAUGCAUUCACUUUAACCCCAUCUACUCAAUCCCAUGAUCCUCAUCAGAAAACUUUUUAUUUUUUUAUUUUUAGUAGGUAAAAGUUUAGUCUUAAAGUGAAGCUUUCAUCAGCCUAAAUGUAUAAACAAUACAAAACUGAUUGUUACAAGUCAGGUUUUUUGUAUCACUGCUAUGGCGUAUCACCGCCAGAGAUUAUUUUUCCCUCAGUGUUAUAGCUCCUCCAAGUAGUAGUGAUGUUUAUAGCUGUUAUAGCUUCCCCCCCCAAUACAUUAAUUGAGACUUAAUGUUUGGAGUAGAUCUACUUUUAUUGUUACAAGUACGGCCAUUUAUACACUGACCCCCAGCGUGGGGUGCCUAUUCAACAGUAAAUGAUCCCACCCUGCUGCCUCUGUGCCUGAGAGAUAAUUGAGUUGUCUCUCGCUAAACAAAUUAUCUAUCGCAUAUAGAGUGCACAACACAACUCUCAGGAAGUGAUUGUUAAAAUUGCAAAGCUUCUGAAGCGUGAUCAUCGAACAAUCAAGCGUUUCAUUCAAAAUAGUCAACAGGGUCGCAAGAAGCGUGUGGAAAAACCAAGGCGCAAAAUAGCUGCCACGAUGCCACUUGCCACCAGUUUGGCCAUAUUUCAGAGCUGCAACAUCACUGGAGUGCCCAAAAGCACAAGGUGUGCAAUACUCAGAGACAUGGCCAAGGUAAGAAAGGCUGAAAGACGACCACCACUGAACAAGACACACAAGCUGAAACGUCAAGACUGGGCCAAGAAAUAUCUCAAGACUGAUUUUUCUAAGGUUUUAUGGACUGAUGAAAUGAGAGUGAGUCUUGAUGGGCCCGUGGCUGGAUUGGUGAAGGGCAGAGAGCUCCAGUCCGACUCAGACGCCAGCAAGGUGGAGGUGGAGUACUGGUUUGGGCUGGUAUCAUCAAAGAUGAGCUUGUGGGGCUUUUUCGGGUUGAGGAUGGAGUCAAGCUCAACUCCCAGUCCUACUGCCAGUUCCUGGAAGACACCUUCUUCAAGCAGUGGUACAGGAAGAAGUCUGCAUCCUUCAAGUAAAACAUGAUUUUCAUGCAGGACAAUGCUCCAUCACACGCGUCCAAGUACUCCACAGCGUGGCUGGCAAGAAAGGGUAUAAAAGAAGAAAAUCUAAUGACAUGGCCUCCUUGUUCACCUGAUCUGAACCCCAUUGAGAACCUGUGGUCCAUCAUCAAAUGUGAGAUUUACAAGGAGGGAAAACAGUACACCUCUCUAAACAGUGUCUGGGAGGCUGUGGUUGCUGCUGCACGCAAUGUUGAUGGUGAACAGAUCAAAACACUGACAGAAUCCAUGGAUGGCAGGCUUUUGAGUGUCCUUGCAAAGAAAGGUGGCUAUAUUGGUCACUGAUUUGUUUUUGUUUUGUUUUUGAAUGCCAGAAAUGUAUAUUUGUGAAUGUUGAGAUGUUAUAUUGGUUUCACUGGUAAUAAUAAAUAAUUGAAAUGGGUAUAUAUUUGUUUUUUGUUAAGUUGCCUAAUAAUUAUGCACAGUAAUAGUCACCUGCACACACAGAUAUCCCCCUAACAUAGCUAUAACUAAAAACAAACUAAAAACUACUUCCAAAAAUAUUCAGCUUUGAUAUUAAUGAGUUUUUUGGGUUCAUUGAGAACAUGGUUGUUGUUCAAUAAUAAAAUUAAUCCUCAAAAAUACAACUUGCCUAAUAAUUCUGCACUCCCUGUAUGGCCGGGAGAGAGGAUCAGCCGCGACCGGGACAGAAUUCUAGGGGAUUCGAGAGUAAGUCUCGCCACAGUCCUCGGGGUUCUCUGGACUGCUUGUAUGGCGAAGGUGAAAGGCGUUCUCGGUGGUUUGGCAUUGAGGAGUAGGUGACGGGAGCCAGGGGUAGUGAAAAUAGUCUCUUGAGGAAAACAGACGUCACCAAGAAGGGUACAGACGGUGACUUGGGAGGCUUGUCACAACUUUAAUGACCAUUAAAACCUUAGCUUGCCUGCUAGUGUCAAGGCAAACCUCUUAACCUUAAACAUGGCACACAUGGGCUGGUAGCUGUGUUGCAAUUAGGAGGUUAUACUACAAACGCAAAUUUAAAAAACAAACAGAAAUUAGCCUUGCACUAAUAUUCCAGAGACUUUGGAUAGUGCCCGGACGACAUUUUUUGGGGAGUUGUUUUCUUGCAUUUUGGUUCAUGAAUACUAUAGCCAAUAUUUCUGCCCAAGACUAGUGGGAGUUUUGUGCAUGUUUGACGUAUGGGAACUGUAGGUGAAUAAUCGGGCCCUGCUCUAAUGAGCUUACAAUCUAAAGAUUAGUGUUUUGUUUUUUUUGUUUUUUUUUCUAAAUUUAAACUGAAAGCAGCAAGGCAAAUUGUUGGUAUAAGACUUACCCAAGUUGUUUACGAUAUUGGCAGAUAAGCCUAAACUAAAUGGCCAUUGUAGUGGUAUUUAAAUUAUAUAUAUUUUUUCUUUUUAACUACUUAUGGAUUUGGUAUAGUGUGCAUGUAAUUUUUUUAGUUUUUUUGUUUGUUUUACUAAAGCACUGUGCAUUUAUCUUGACAUAAUGUGUAAAAGUGUGAAUGAUCAGUUGAUUCAUUUAUGUAUUAAAUUAUUUUUAUCUCUGUCACCCAGCUCUGUAAUGCAGCAGUGGCAGCAUAUUUGUCAUGUAAUGUUCAUAAUUGAACAUCAUCACUUCACACUUUAUAGAGUGAAAAUUAAUUCAUAUUAAAGUUACCAAUUGUUUAAAACUGCAACAUUUCAGUAUUACGUUAACCCCCCCCCACCCCUCCCUUAUCAGGUUAAUGUUAUUUUUGUACUAUGUACACAAAUGCAAUCAUUCUUUUAAAACCUGGUGUUUUCCUGUAGAAAGUCUGAAUUUGUACGAUGCAUAUUGAUGUAUAUCCAUUUUUCUAUAUUUUCAUGUGAGAGUACUAAACCCGUCAUUUUUAACCCUGACUGCCAGAGCAAUUUAUUUAUUUGUAUUCUUUUGUGGAUUUCAGUUUUCCCAGUGUCCAGAAUACUAUAACAGAGUACACACAGAAAUCUCUCGGGAAGGAGCGAGGGUUCUUGCUUUAGGAUACAAAGAACUUGGACACCUCUCCCAUCAACAGGUAAUGGACAGUAACAAUAUCCCUCUGCUUCUAGAUACUGUUUAUUGCAAAAGGGCAGGGUUUGGCAGGGGAGAAAUAUAUAUCUUGGAUGUGCUUUAACAAAUAUUCCCCCCUUUUCUCUCUAGAUCCGUGAAGUUAAACGGGAAACUCUUGAAUGUGAUCUGAGAUUUGCAGGAUUCAUUGUAGUUUCAUGCCCACUGAAAGCUGACUCCAAAGCUGUCAUCCGGGAGAUUCAAAAAGCAUCCCACCAUGUAAGAGACUAGUUAUUUUCACUCCGAGUAGGAAACUAAUUUCUGGAGCACUCUCAUCACUUUCUGUGCAUUACUUUGUGUGUCCUCCCUGAAAGGACUCUCCAACCUCUUUAAGCGCUAAAGCAGGCUCACCAACCUGCAGCCUCUCAGAUGUUGCUGAACUACAACAUUCAUGAUUAUUUCAAUGAAACAGCCAGGAAAUCAUGGGAGUUGUAGUUCAGCAAUAUCUGGAGGGCCGGUUGAACAGCCCUGCACUAUAACUUAUGUUAGUGGUUUUGAUUUAAAAAAAUAAAAUAAAAAAAAGUGUAGGGAAUUUGUGUUAGUUUAGUGACUCUGAAAGUGUUGUCAGGUGUUCAUCCAUGCCAGAACAGCUGCGGCAAAUCAGUAUAUGGUUAAAUUCUACAGUACCCCAUUGCUAAGAGUUUAUCAUUGGACUUUCGUGCCAUACAAAUAUUUUGGAUGGAUAAUUAGGAAUUUAUCUUCCUCAUUGGGAUGUCUGAAAUAUUUUUUUUUUUUUUUUUUAAAUGCUGGGUAAACCCUUACAAACUGAUAUAAAAAAAUUAAGAGACUGCUCCAUAAUGAAUAAAAAAGGAAUAAUAGUUAAUGUAUUUAGUGUCCCUUUAAUUAUGUGACUUGUAAUACACACUUGUGUUUUUUGUUUUUACUUUGGGGGGGGAGAUGGGUAGGUGUGGAAUUGAUCUGUAACUUCAAUUUAAAUUAUGCUUUUGCUACAGAAGUAGAGAUAGGGUUGCCAGUGCAAAACAUAUUUUAAGGCCGUUGUUAUUUUUAGAAAAAGCUUGGGUGAAAGUGGGCAUAGGCAAAGAAGCCACUUAAAAAAAUUAAUCAAUAAACUGACCUAGUUUAUCUAUGUUCUACACAUCCACAUGUGUUUUUGUGUUUUAGUAUUAACUUUCUUGAGAUGAGGUGGCAAUGAUUCUUUUACUGAAGUAUGGUGUGCCAAUCUACUAUAAGAGGGAAAACCUAGUAAUUUUUUAGCAGUGGUUUACAGUUUGCUUAAACUAACAUGUUUGGGACUCUCCUCAUAGAACAUUUUUCAAGGUAACACAAACUGAAUAUAAAGCAUCAUUAAACAGUGCUGUGUUCUAGGUGGUGAUGAUAACUGGAGACAACCCCCUCACUGCCUGCCAUGUGGCCCAAGAACUCAGUUUCAUUGAGAAGCAAGAUACAUUGAUACUUCAGCCCCCACAGGAAAACAAAGGUCAGUUACCCAUACUACAGUCUGUUUAGAGUAUCGGCAUGAUUAUGAUGCAAUAUAGGAGAGGGUGAUACUUUUAGAGCAAACCGCUUCACCUUUGUCAUGCAGUAGAAUAUGCAAAUCCAUUUUUAACAUUUUCUUUACAUUAAUAUCUUGACUUACACAUCUUAGCCCUCAAUGUUUGGUUAUACUCAGCAUAUGAGCACACAAACAAUGUAGAUUUUAUACUCCGUUUCAUAUGUUAUCCAGCAGUAGUUUGGUUGUGAAUUUUAUCUAUUUAUUGUCCACUCCAUAUUUUAUUUUUAUUUUUUUAUUUUUUGUCUGUCAUGUUUAUUUUUCCUUUAUACCACAGACUCUUGUUGGACGUGGAAAUCCAUUGAUGACACCAUCUCUCUGCCUGCAUUCCCUGAUUCUCCUAAAACGUUUACUGCCAACUACUACUUGUGCCUGACGGGAGAGGGCUUGUCUUACUUACAAGUGGUCAGACCUGACCUUCUCUCUGCACUCAUACCUCAUGUCCAAGUGUUUGCUAGAGUAGCACCUAAGCAAAAGGUAUGACUUUGUAGUAUCUAUAAAAAUCUUGAUAAAAUUCUGAAUAGACUGAAACGUCAACUUAUUUUCUGUGUACCACUGUAUUUGCCUAAUGAAGCAACAGUUUGUAAUUAUUAUUAAGACUCCAGAGUGCUCUCUACUUGGAUUAUAUACAGUUGUUUGGAGAUUACACCGGAGCGAUUGAAAGACUGGGAGCAUCGAGUGAUGGGACCUGGGAGUUAUAUCUAAUGCCAAAAUACUGAAGUAUUGCAGUAUGCAAUGAUACCUUUUUUAUUGGACUAACAUUCUAGACAAGCUUUCAAGAGUUUUCCUCUCUUCCUCAGGUCUGAAGCAAUACUGAUCUAUCUUAUAGUUUAACAACUAAAACAACUGAUGUUAGAGAAGGGGGGGGGCGGGUGAGUGGGGUAUCGUAAAUAGCAGAAGACGUGCCUGAAAGUGAAAGGUGUAGGUUGGCUGAGAAUAGCCAGCAAAAGUAAAUAAACAGAAAAGUCAAUAAGCUAGUUAAAAAACGAAAACAGCAGAUCAAGGCAUGCAAGUUUAUAGCUGCAUAUAUAUGUAUAUAAAUUGAUCCCAUAAAGGUGAAAUGAGAAUAUUGAAAAAUAACUUUAUAAGGCAUUAAGAUGUGUUUAUAAAAAGUUUUGGUAGUGUGCUAAAAAGCCAAAGUCUACACAUUUCAACACCAGAAAUGAAGGAAUUAAUGUUUUUUUUUUUAUUUUUUUUUUUUUUAACUAGCUUAUUGACUCUCCUCUAUUUACUUUUUCUGGCUAUUCUCAGCUAACCUGCACCUUUCACUUUCAGGCACAUCCCCCUCACUCCCCCCUCUGCCAGUGCUGGCUCUGACCCCGAUCUGCCUCCUUGGCUGACAUCAAAAAGAAUUGGAUUAGCUGAGAUUGUCAAUUCUGAUCUCAGCCAAGGAGGUGGGAAUGUGGGCAGAGCCAAAUUCCUUCCUGGCCAAUCUGCAUCUCCUCAUAGAGAUGCAUUGAAGCAGUGCAUCUCUAAGGAAAAUUCAGCGUCUUCAUGCAGAGCGUGGAGUCACUGAACAGCAGUGCUGCCUACUGUGCAGCACUGCCCCAGGAAGCAACUGCAGUGGCCAUCUGAGUAGCCGCCACUGGAGGUGUCCCUAGGGUGCAAUGUAAACUGAAUUUUCUCUAAAAAGGCAGUGUUUGCAUGAAAUUGCCUGAAGGGAAUGACUAUACUCACUAGAAUUAAGCUGUGGUUGUUCUGGUGACUAUAGUGUCCUUUUAACAGCAAUAAUGGCAGUGAAUAAAAUCCACAGUCAGUCCAGACAAAAACAAAAAUCAAUCUUGACUACUACCCUUUUCCCAUGUAGUUUUAUUUUAAAGUCACUGUUCAUAUACUUCUAGUUUUAGGUGUAUAAAACAAAUUUUUUCCUUUUAAAAUUUCAGGAGUUUGUUAUUACAAGUUUAAAAGAGCUUGGCUAUACUACACUAAUGUGCGGAGAUGGAACUAAUGAUGUGGGUGCUUUAAAGCAUGCAAAUGUUGGUAAGUAAACUAAAGAUUAAUUGUAUUUAUUUUUAUAUCUUCAUUUGCAAGGCUUCAUGUUUUUUAUCUUUGUACAAUAUAAGGGCAGUCCACAGAUUUAGAUAUACUCUUACUGGUUUUUAUAGUGGUUAAAUAAUUAUAUCAUAGGAUUUAACAGUAUCUCUAAAAUAAUAUAUUUUAUCCUGUUUAUCAUUUAAGCAAGAUAAGACUGACUAAAAGAUGAAAACUUUUGGAAACUUGUACAACAUGUGGUUAUUGUGGUAGCUUGCAAUAAAUGACUAAAGAAUUUUCAUAGGAGUAAAGUUGAGCCUUCAAGGAACGUAUGUAAGAGCAGUUUUGCAGUGGGUAAAUGCAGAAGUUCUACUUUUCCCUUAUUUUAGGGGUUGCACUUCUUGCCAAUGCACCGGAACGUUUGCCAGAGAAGAAAAGGAAGCCACGAGAAGGGACAAGUGAUGGCAGGCCCACAGGACCAACUUUUACCAGCAACUCCAUCAAACCCACUUCUAGAGCUGCAAAAAAUAGAAUCAUGUCUCAACGAGAAGAGCAACAGGCAUUGCAGAGAGUAAGUAAUCACAAUUACCUUUUUGUUGUACUCACCACACAUCUGUAGUUCUCUGUUCUAUUAUAGAAAAAUUGCCUGCAAACCUAUGGAUAUUUUAAAUUUACACAGACAUUUAUAUUCAUGUUGGAGCAAAAAUCACCAGACAUGCUCUCACAGUAAAUAUUCAGACUUUGGACAAAAAGUGAUUUAUUUUUUUUAAAUGGAAUAGUCAAUGGAGACAAAACAAGUGCUCUUAGUAACUAAAUGUAACAUGUAUGUGUGUUCUUGACCAAAUACCGUAUUUAUCGGCGUAUAACACGCACUUUUUCUCCCUGAAAAUAGGGGGCAAAUUAUGGGUGCGUUAUACGCCGGCCCUUUAAAUACUGCAGCCGCCUGAGCGCUCUGUCGGCUGCAGUUGGUUCUCACCUCCCCUCCCCUGUAGCGUGGCCGAGCUGCUCUGAGUCCGCGGUCCUGUUCCCGCGCUGGUACCCGUGAGUGAUAGGAAGGUGCACGCUCAGUGUGCACCUUCCUGUCAGUCACCGGGUACAGGAAACGGCCGGGCACUGCGGACUGCAGGAGCAGAGCUCGGCCACGCUAAGGGGAGGGGGUUAAGAAGGGGGGGUGUAAGAAAGGGGGAGAGGGGGGUAAGAAGAGGGGGGAGGGGGGAGUAAGAAGGGGGGUAAGAAGUUCUUUAUUUGAAAUUUAAUUUUUUUUGUUUGUUUUUUCUGAAAUUUUCUUCUUAAAAUGAGGUGCGUGUUAUACGCCGAUAAAUACGGUAAUUACUCUCUGGCCUUUGGAUAUCUGUAAAAGUAAAUGAUUUGUUUCUGAAAGGUGUGAAGUGGACUUCCCAUGCAUCGUAACAUAUUUAAGUGUUCUUGCAUAGCAAGACCACUUAAUGUUAUCUCACAUAUAUAUUAUUAAGUGUUCUUGCAUAGCAAGACCACUUAAUGUUAUCUCACAUAUAUAUUAUUAUUAUUAUUAAGUGUUCUUGCAUAGCAAGACCACUUAAUGUUAUCUCACAUAUAUAUUGAUUAAGUGUUCUUGCAUAGCAAGACCACUUAAUGUUAUCUCACAUAUAUGUAUUAUGUUCUUGCAUAGCAAGAUUAAUGUUAUCUCACAUAUAUAUUAUUAUUAUUAUUCUUAUUAUUAUAGCAAAAUUUGCCACCCUAACUCCUCCCACAGUUUUUACACUACAUAGACCAAAAUUUACCAAAACGUGCAGAUUGUUCCCGAUCGGAUUGCUAUUACUUUGUGGAACGUUUCGCCGAAUGGUAUGCUAUGCAAGAACACUUAAUAAUAUAUAUGUGAGAUAACAAUAAGUGUUCUUGCAAGAACACUUAAUAAUAAUAUAUAUGUGAGAUAACAUUAAGUGGUCUUGCUAUGCAAGAACACUUAAUAAUAAUAAUAUAUAUGUAAGAUAACAUUAAGUGGUCUUGCUAUGCAAGAACACUUAAUUAAUGUUAUCUCACAUAUAUGUUCUUAUUCUUAUUAUAGCCAAAUUUGCCACCCUAACUCCUCCCACAGUUUUUACACUACAUAGACAAAAAUUUACCAAAACGUGCAGAUUGUUCCCGAUCGGAUUGAUAUUACUUUGUGGAACGUUUCGCCGAAUAGUUCACGGAAUAUCGUCGUUCUUGUGGCGAAAUUUGUCCCAUAGGAAUGAAUGGCAAAGCUAGAGUGGGAGCUGGCAAAAGCUGAAAAAUCAGGACAUGAUUUCUAAACUGCCACCACUCCCUUAUUUUCAGGCCCACCUACACAAAUCUUAUAUCAAAACGUUCAGCUAUCCCUGCUGCCACUAAACAUGUCAACGGCUAAGCCAUAGUCCUGAUAGUUUUCACAAUAUAAUCAUUUGUUUGCAACUAACGCUGUCCAUUGACAUUCAUUGAAACUUCACUCUGCAAAGCUCAAAUUUGAAGUGCAAUUUCUAAACUGCGACUGUGCCUUCAUUUUUAAUACUUCAGAGACAUACUAUGCAUCAAAAUGUAGGUCUGAGUCUUGUGAUUCUCACAAUAUAAAGCUCUUCGCUGUAGGAUUUAUAGUUUUUAAAAUACGACCGUUUGAAGAUGGCAACCGCCAAAAUACUCUGACCUGUGUCAGGCUGCAGCAGCAAGUGAUGUCAUAGACAGGGCCUUUUGAACACCUGCUAAUGUUUUUAUAAAUGUAUGGUUUAAUGUAACUGUGCAACAACGUUGCAAUUAAAUGUGCUAUAUAAAUGAUAACAGUUACUCCGCCCACUCCAGUUGUAGACUACUGGUGGAGGCAAGAACACUUCACACAAUUUCCCCAGAAAUUGUAGCUUUUCUAGUUUUAUAUAUUUUGGUAGAGGGAGGUGGAGGUAAAGUGUGAUUUAGCUUUUUCAGGGGGCAAUUGUAUGAAGUCCUGCACCAGUUGUUAGAUGGUCAAAGCAAGCUACACUACAGACCUCCUGGGGCAACUGUUUUGUGAGAUAAUUUCAAGAAAUUCCCAGAUUAAUUGGCUGCCAUGUUUGCCUGACCUUUCAGCUCCCGAUUAUUUCCUGUGGGAAUAUCUGAAUGAGCUGGUGUGCGUGAGCAAAUCCAUGCAGAAAUGUGAGCACUAGAGUCUCAAGCAUUAACUAAUGUUAUGAACAAUGCAAUCAAAAGAGCCCGACUUUGCAAGGUGGCAAAUGGAGCUCAUUUUAAAGAUGUAAUAUUUUUACCUAGUCAACCAAAGUUCCAUAUGUUAAAGGAUCACUUUAGGACCCUAUAGUGAAAACCCACCAUUUAGGUGGCCUGCCCCUCCCACACCCUCCCCCACCGUAGCCCCUCAGAAUGGGUUAAAACACCUUAUUUCCAGCUCUCCACAGGUCUGCCAGUGCUGCCCUCUCCUCCCCUUGGUGACAUCAUCAAAAUUGCCAAUCCAGUCAGAAUUAACCUAUCCAAUCCCUUGCUUUUUCAGCAAGGGAGCUAUUAUACUCACCAGAACAAAUACAUUAAGCUAUAGUUGUUCUGGUGACUAUAGCAUCACAUACAAUGAAAGCUUAAAGGGACAUCAUUUAAAUUGGUUCAUUAAUAAAAACAAGUUAUUGACUCCUCAAACCCUACUAUAAAUUAUCUAUCUCUCUCUCUCUCUCUCUGUCCCUCAUAUGACCAUUGUUAAAAUUGUGCAUUUGUUUCCAGGAGAAGAUCAGCCAGGUCCUCAAGGAUUUGGAAGAAGAUCAGGUGCAAGUAGUGAAGUUGGGAGAUGCAAGCAUAGCUGCUCCUUUUACUUCAAAGUUAUCAUCCAUCCAGUGUAGUACGUAUGAUGUUUGUAAUGUCUACUUUUCAGUAAUAGAAUUUAAAUAAUUGGUGUAUCUGGGGCAGUCAGCACUAUCUACCUGUUAUAGAGGAAUUACAAGUCCCAGGAUUCUCAACAAUCGUUCUUGGCAAAAGAACAGCAUAGCUAGCUGGCUGAGCUACAACCUGACCAAUACUGAUCUUCAGAAUAAUUAUAUGUCUAAGCUGAGAUUGCAGCCCUGAUGUAAGGAGAGGUGUGAUGUAUACCCCUGAUAUCUUUGAUCCUGUCCAUUCUAGGGCAGGGAUUUCCAGCCGUGGCCAUUUAGUUGUUGUUAAAUUACCAUUGGGUGAGAAAGGUAUAGGACACUAAGCCCACCCACACUCCAUGUACUGUUAGAGUGAUCCAUAGGUGUUGUAGAUAACCUGAUCAUCUUUCAACAAUAAUUACGGGCAAAAAAGAUAAGAUAAUCUUGUUGACCACAGUAUAAUUGGCACUGCAUAGAUAAACUUCAUAGAAAUAAUCUGGAUAGCCUGUUCUGGUCUGAUAUUGUCAUACAGUCUCUUACUUUUUUUUGUUUUAGUUGUUUUAAAAUCUAAAUCACAAGAAUCAUGUAUGUAUGUUGUUUACAGCAUUUUGUGAAAGUUAAAGGCUAUCUUUUACAGAUUUGAAACAAGGGAAUGUUUUUUUUUUUGUUUUGUUUUUUUUGAAUUUUAUUUCACGGUUUUAAAGCCUGUAGGAGGAGGAAGCUUAAACUAAUUUUGUAUUGUAGUGUAGAGAAGCGAUAUGAUAUGUAGCUGUGUUCACUGCUAUUUGUGUCUUUUAUUUUUGUUUUGUUUUUAGAAGCAAUAUUAACAUUUAUUUCUGUUUUAUGUAGUUUGCCACGUCAUCAAACAAGGCCGUUGCACUUUGGUAACAACCCUGCAGAUGUUUAAAAUAUUGGCACUAAAUGCCCUGAUCUUAGCCUAUGGUCAGAGUGUCCUAUACCUCGAGGGUGUAAAAUUUAGUGACUUUCAAGCAACACUGCAAGGACUUCUUCUAGCUGGCUGCUUUCUCUUCAUUUCACGGUCUAAGGUUUGUAAUGUUAUUAGUUGCUCUAGAUUCCAGAACAGAAUUGCGGCCAUUGUAUGCAUUGUUGCUGCCCCAUGCUUUGUUGCACAAGCAGGGUAUUUAUACAGUACAAGGUGUUAGCUAAAAGUGGGACGUAAAAGUAAAACCACAUUAGAACUUGAUGUAAGAAUGCAGUAACCUAUACCAGUAUUGCCUAUUAACGGUUUGUUCCUUUUUUUUUAUUUUUUUUUUAUUUCAGCCUUUGAAAUACCUCUCCAAAGAACGCCCUCUGCCAAACAUCUUCAACCUAUACACAGUACUAACUGUGCUUUUACAGUUUCUCGUCCACUUCUGCAGUCUCAUAUACUUGUACAAAGGGGCUUUAGAACGAACUGAAGAAAAGUGAGUUUCUAACCAGCUUGCUUUAACUUUAAAUGGUAAACGGAUAUUAGUUGUGGUGUGGCUGCUAUCUGGUUUUAAAGCAGUUUCAUUCAUUCAUCCUAUGUGAUGAGUGCAAUUGCUCUUUUGGAAAAAACAUUUAUAGACCAGAAUGACAUGUUUCUUACUGAUGUAGGGAGGCUUUUUUUCUUUCUUUUUUUUUUUUUCCUCUGGCCAUUAAGUAAGAGUUAACAAAGUAUGUCUGAUAUUUUAGUCUAUUUGUGCAUACUUUCACAUUAAAAAUUUUAUUAGAGGAUUUUUUUUUUUUGCUUUGCUUUUAUAUUCAUAACUUGAUAGUUAAAAAGUAUUUGGUCUUGUGUAUAUAUCUGUAACCACUUUGAUAUGUUCUGAAGGAAAGAAGAGUUUGUGGACUUGUAUAAAGCGUUUGAGCCAAGUCUUGUCAACAGCACAGUGUACAUAAUGUCCAUGGCGAUGCAAAUGGCUACAUUUGCCAUCAAUUACAAGGUAAACCUAAUGCGGAUUUAACAAAAAAUAACUUUAGAUAAGUUUUAAUUAUUUUUUGCAACAUUUUUACUUUUUUUUUUUUUUUGUAUAGCGACAAUACACAAAUGGGUAGACUCCCUAAUUAUGGGACAGGUAACCAAUCAGAAGAACAGAAUCUGAAAAUCUCAAUAGGGUUAUUUACUAAAGUGAGAAUUAUCAGGAAUUAAAAGUAACUUUCACAUUUUAGACCUCAAUAGCCUGAGGUGAAGGACAGAUUGCCAACUAGAGCUACUCAAACUGAAGGUGGGAUAUGCACAGGAUUUCAUAUAGGUGGUUUUGUUUUGUUUUGUACUUUGUGCAGAGUUGACCUGUUGGUAGUGGAAAAAUAGUGGUGACAUACCUUUGGACUAGUGGCUAUAUUUUUAUUUCUUUUUUUUGCAUAACAUAAAGAGAAGUUGUUUCUUUAAUAUACAUGACAGCAAGGUUAACAAACCGUGUUAUAUCCGAGAUGUGCAGAACAAGAGGUAUAAUUUUCAGAUGGAAUAACGGUCUAUCUGAAUGCAACCAGAAUGGGAUAGAUCGAGCAUGCUGCAGCUAUAAUGUGGAUCGAACAAGCUUUGUAUAAGUACCCUUCAUCCAAAACUUUUACGAUCACAAGAAAUCAUAAAUACCAUAACCACUAACGGACCAUGUGAUUGUCUGUGCCAUAAUGCCGUGCAAUGCUUUAAUGCCCAGUGACCACAUACAUUCAUGCAAUUUUGAUACUGAGGGGUCCCCUCUGUCAUUUUGGCCACAGUUAGUGGCCCAGACUGACAGAUGAGCUAUGAUCAUUGCUCAUUACCUUUUAAAUACUGCAGCUGAGCUAGAUUGCUCAGUACUUCUUUCACUUACCCCAGCCUCUAAGAUUUAUUAAAAAAAAAAAAAAAAGGUCACCUUUCAGUUGAGGUCACAGUUAGUGUUCAUAGCAAUUUAGCCAUUUAAAUGCUGUGGCAGCAUUUCCUCUGUAAAUCUAAAAAUGCUUUUGCCCCCACCAGCCUAGCACUGUUUCAGUGAGAAACCCUGCUGCUGCAGCAUGAGUGCUCACACAGCCCUUUGUACUGGGUGAGCUGAGAAAUCCCUAUGCUAAUGACUGUACUGACCUCAGCAGAUGGAAUUCCUUGACAGGUAGGAUUAGGACUGGGAUUAUAAGUAGGAUUAUGAGUUGGAUUAGAAACAGGACUAGGGGAAUAGUUAUACACGUGGGGUAUUAUUGUACUUGAUAACAGUAGCAGAAUACAAAUGUGGUGUUUGUAGUAGUGGGACAUGCGUGGUCUGUGAGUUUGCUUUUAUUUAAACAAAUUAUCUCCCAGGCACUCGAAGUACCGUACAUAAAACACUCCAAAAAUCAUGCAAUAUCAGUAGGAACCCCCACAAGUAUUAUAUCCUUAGAUAGCCCGGAUCUUGACACCCAAGUUGUCUGAAUAGUGCUCAGAUCUAUGAAGUAUAGCCGAAUCGCCACUGGGGUAAAGUUUUUAUCAACCGCAUACGUGGCUGCUGCCCAAAUAGUUAAAGGAGGUAGCAGCAGCUCAACUUUUGUGAGUCCCUAUUCGAAAACAAAGGUUUUACUUGCUCGUAGGGAGCGAAUGGUCUCUCUAUUUGGGCGUGUAUUUUACUGGAAAUGAGCUAGGGGUGGUCAGUGUUAGGCCAAAUGAAAAAUACAGAAGAGGAACUUAUUGUGUUCAAUCCAACUGGGGAACAGAAUAGGGAACCUCUUCUUAGCAGUCUGUUAAUGGUGAGUUCAUCACCGUAUAUAUGUAAAUUUGUGUGUGAAUUUCAACAGUUGGUAAAUUCAUGACCUUGGAGUUCAUGCAUGCACUGUAAGAUAAUAAGCAAACACAUCCCAGUGUCUUAUUAUUUUAUUUACACCAAUUAAAUCUGGUGGUGUGCUCCCAAUAUAAACCAAAUAAGACAAAGCUUGUUUUUCUGGAGAGUUAAAAUACAUUUAAAUGACAUUAUCCUGGCAAAUUAGAGCUGAAUACAGCUUGAUGUACCUCAAAUGCAUAAGCAUAGCUUUAAUAGAAUCUGUGCUCUUUAAAAUGUGUAAAGCCGUAGUAGACCCUGAGUGCAAAUUAAAAUGACAUAGCAGCAUGAAUUAUAAGCAGAUUUAACUAUGUAACAAGUACCUGUGGAGAUAAUAGUGACAGUAUGCCAUUAUCUGCUUAGAUAAAGACCCCACAUGGGAUAACAGGCAGCUUACCUGGUUUACAUUUCAGUUACAAUUAUAACAGCUUACAAUUUGAAGAUAAGAACAGUACUGGGACACUUGUGGUCUGUGAAAAUUCCCCAGGGUUUUAACCUUUUUUUUUUUUACUUUUUUUUUUUUUGUGGCUGGGAUCCAAUACUCGACCAAAGAAUCUGCGCCAAAUCCUUUCUAAUUUUCCCGCAGUGUUCAGUGAUGUAUAGCAGCCCAUCCAAACAUCAGUUGAGAGUUAAUGAUGGAUGAAAACAGGAGUAAUUUAUUUGUUUCAAAUGCACGUAUUUAUACCUAGACCCCAAAUGGAGGUUAACUAAAACAUUGUAGAUCCCACUCAGGUGCCUCUGUGUAUGGGAGAUGGCUAGUUUUAGUACCACUAAUCUAAUCAACCUCCAGACAAUAGGGCAGCUUAAAUGAAUAUCCCCAAACACAUUAAUUUAAACCGUAAACCCCAUGUAUAUAGUAUCCCUGGAUAGCUUGUCCCUGAGUGCCCUAACUUGUAAAAUUAUGCCCUUAUACAAUAUACAUUGUAGAAUCAAUACCUGGUUAAAGAUUUGAUCGGUCGAAGCUUAAGUCUUAGAAAUAGAAAUGCGACUCCUGCCAGAGUUGGCAUGUGUCCUACAAAGGUAGGCGACUAGGUGGUCACAUUUCAAGGUGCUUGAUCUGGUAGUUUUGAAUUCUAUGACUACUAUUAAAGUUGUAAUCCGCGUGCUAUCUUUCCAUCAUUCACUCCUUGCAGUAUUUGUGUUAUAACUUUAAAAAGGAAUUGUAUCCCAGACAUAUUGGGCAUUUUACAAUCCGCACUAAAUAGUAAAUCUAUUUUGAGUUAGUUUUAUUUACUUUAGAGCAGUGUGAUUGCAUGUAAAACCAAGACUUUUUUUUUUUUUUUUUUUACCAUUUUUAAAAAUAUAUAUUUUUUCCUAUUUAUUUUUACAUUAUCUAUAACAUAGGGUACCAAAAGAAAGCCAGUAUGUAAGGGGUUCACUUAAACAGAAAGGGAUAAAUUGUAAUUGAAAUGAAUACAUGGCAAAAAGGCCUUGGUCUUAUUUGCGUUGCUUCUCAAUAAAGCCUUGGUCUUUAUGGAGUUAAUGGUGAAAGAAUCUGUUGUGUUAUAAAUAGAAACUGUCCUCCCAAGGAGCAGACAUCUUCAGAAUUGAAACUGCAACAGUGUAAUUUUAAGGAUGUUUGGUUACACUAGAACCUGUGUUUUCUAAACAGAAGAUAUCUUCUUAUGAAUGAAAUGGUCAACAGUGUUCUAAUUUGAGAAUCUUAACAGAGUUCUGGACUGUUUAAUUCACGUUUGCAACUAGCCUCUGGCACAAAAUUACAGAUUACUUUGUAUUUCUACCUGAAAAGCUGUACAUUCUUACCAUUAUGGCCACUUCUAAAAGCAGACGUUGUCAUGGAGGUUUAUACAGCCAGUGGGCUUUUUAAAAUGUUACUUUCAUUCUAUUUUAAUAACAUGUUGAUGAACCUAAAUUGUCUUCCAUUUUACCCUAUAGCAUAUUCUGUAAGGAAUUUGUUGGCGCUAUAUAAAAAAUAUAAUAAUAAGGCAAAGUGCAUCCAAUUUCAUCUCUUUUAUGCUUAACUAUAUUUUUGCUUGUUCUAUAUCUGGCUGAUAGUGUGGAAUAUGCCAUUAUUUGUCCUGUUCAUACUUUUAGAACUUGCUUCUGUCCCAAAGAUAUGAAAUUAACUUUCUAGAUGGAUUUAUUUGUACAAGAUGGAUUUGUUUAGUGAAUAACUCUGAAAUAAACAGUUCCCUAGCCAAACUUGACAUUAUAGCAAAAUAAUAUCCAAACUGCAAAAUUUAGGAAACAAUUAGCUGACCUGGAAAAGUUCUCCAACUCCCCUAUAGACACAGCUUAACUAUUUUACCCACAAGUUAGCAGUUUGGGUUUUAAUUCUCUACAAGCAAGAGUUGAGUGGAUAAACAAUUCUUUUCAUUAUUUUGCAAGUUUUAUCAGACAUUACAGGCCCAUACUGUUAUAUGUUGACACAAUCACACCUUUUUUUUUUUUCUUGUUUUAGGGCCAUCCUUUCAUGGAAAGUCUACGAGAGAACAAACCCUUGCUUUAUAGUAUUAUCCUCUCUGGUAUGGCUAUAAUGGGACUCUUGUCAGGCUCAUCUCCUGAAUUCAAUGAACAGUUCGGUCUGGUGGACAUCCCUAUGGAGGUAAUAUGAAAAUUGUUUUAGGAAUGACCUGUGAUCACUUUUGCAUGCUAUAUGGAUAGAAACCUUUUGGACUAUAAUUGAUCUAUUUUAAAGACAAUCUGUAAGCUAAAUAAGUAGAGCAUUAACCCAGGGUAUAUGUAUGUAUUUAUGUAUAUAUUUAAGUGUGUGAGAAACUUUCUUGUCCAAAAAAUCUUCUUACUGAAAGUUUUUUUUUUUUUUUUUUUUCUCCUCCUACACACAGUUUAAGUUGGUUAUUGUCAAAGUUCUGUUGUUGGACUUCUGCUUGGCCUGGGUGGUGGAUCGGAUUCUUCAAUACUUCUUGGGGAGUUCCAAACUAAAAGUGCCUUCUUGAAGCUUUACUGAGGACACGAACUGCCCACGCUGUUGAGCCAUCUAAAGGCUAAUGCCCAUCUAUCCUGGGUUUCAUAUGGCCGCAUCCAUCCUCUGGGAGGAAAGAUGGGAUGGGGCACCGCAAGAGAAAUUCAUGAAGAAUCAUCUCAACACUUGAAACUGUCAAGUGCGAGUUUGGGACAUGAGAAACUGAAUCCUAACUUUUUUUUUUUUCUACUUGAAUUCGCGUUUGGAAAGCGCCAAAUUUCGUUAAAUAAACAGCAUUGAUGAAUUUUAAAAACUUUUUUUUUUGCUCUUUUUAAAAUAUACUUUUUAUAACAGUCAGGUUCUGAUGAAGUGUCAUACUUAAAAUGUUUUCUAUGAAUUUAGAGACGUUUUUCUAAGAAAGUAAAUUGUUGAUGUUUCAUCAAAACAAAGCCCUGCAAAAUGUCAUGUUACUGUAAUCAGUCUUUAACUUAUUUUUGUUUAGUUUCGCAUUUACAAAAUAUUUCUUUAUCUUCUGAUAUCUUAUUGGCCUUCUUUGCAUCCUUGCUACUAUAGGCCAGGGGUCCUCAAACUUUUUAAACAGGGGCCUAGUUCAUGUUCCCUCAGACACUGCUGGGGGCCAGACUAUAGUUUUAAAUUGAAAAUAUAUAUUGUGU